AUGGCCUACCACCCCAUCUCAUUGUCACCCUCAUUCGAGCUUUGGAAAUGGCAAGCUCAUCCUUCUCCAGCAUCAUCAAUAAUAUUCAACCAGACUUGCUUGCUUAUAUAUGACAUCUACCAGGCAUGGGUGCCUCUGAUAGCUUUAGUCCAUCGUAUUCCAGCAGUUCACUUCCAAACUACCGGAGCUACUGCAUCUGCUUUCUUGCUUCGCCUGUUCAAAAAUCGCAAUGUUCAAUUUCCAGCUGCCACAAUUUUUCUGAGGGAGUUUGAAAUGAAGAAGAUGAUAAGUUGUGGGGAAUCCACAUUAAAUGAUGGCAAAGAUAAAGAACGAGUCUUUGAUUGUAUUGAUCUAUCUUCUGUGGUCAUCUUGGUCAAAAGUUGCAAUAACAUCGAGAGUAAGUACAUUGAGUUUCUCUCUGCCUUGGCUAAGAAAAAGACAAUUCCAGUUGGUUCACUUGUUCAGGACCCUAUUGAUGAUGAUGAUAAUAAUUCUAAGAUAAUGCAAUGGCUAAAUGAGAACCUCGAGCCUCAAGCAUGCGGGGAGAAAACAAGUGUUGAAAGAGCACUACCUGAAGGAUACCUUGACAAAUUGAAAGGGAAGGGAUUAAUAUUGGAGGGAUGGGCUCCUCAGGCCAAGAGCCCACCCAAGUAUUGGUGGUUUUGGACGCCAAAGGCUGCGGAGAUAGCCAGAACAGUAGUAAUGGAGAACGCUGGAGAAGAUAUCAGGAAGAAAGCAAGAGAAUUGAGUGAAAGAAUUCAGUCGAAUGUGGAGGAAGAAAUCAGCGCUGUGGUGGAGCAGAGAUGGGCUGAACCAAGAACCAGGCUACAAAUUGUAGCCUAUUAG